CAUAAACAUAGUUGAGUGUAUAUAGGGUUUAAACCCCCUUAUACCAUUUUUUACCCACAAUAAACCAACCUUAUGCCCACCAUCCCCACCUAAACACUCCACCACAACCCACCCUACCAUCCAUUGUUUUAUUUAAUAGUAAUAAUAAUUAUUAGUUUUAAUUAAAUAAUAAAAUAAAAAUGGAUAAUACCUCAUCACUCUCCAAACCCCAAUUUUUUAAAGGCAAAUCCUAUUGUUUGGAUCUUCCAACAUCAUUAGGUUCAUUAAAAAAAACAAAAUAUCUUCAAUUCAUUAAAGAUCAUGGGGGUAGAGUAGAUUUUUCAAUCACUUCAAAAACCUGUUAUUAUGUUACUUCAAUUGAAAACAUUACCAAUCCAUCAACUAGAACCAAAACAGCACUUAAAACCAAAGUUCCAAUUUUAUUAGAUACCUAUAUCUAUGAAUGUUUUUCAAAUGUCCAAUGUAUUGAUAUUUAUGACUAUUUAUAUAUCGAUGGAAAACCUGCUUGUGAAACAAUUCCAAACUUUUUCAACAUUGAAGAAACCAUAGAGCAAUCAAUUAAACAAGCUAAUUUUGUUUUAAAUAGCCUCAAACAAUCAUUAGUUUGUUAUAGUGAACAUAGCAAUAACAAUGGUAAUAAUAAUAAUAGUAGUGAUAAUAAUAAUUUUUUUAAUGAAUUAGAACCAGAAAUCGAAAAAGUUUCAGAUAAUGAUAAUGAUUCAAUGUUUUCAUUCAGUCUUUUUGAUAAAGAGCCAUCAUCCCCAAAUAAAUUAGACAAGGACGAUGACGAUGAUAUCCGUUCAACAACUUCAAGCUAUUCAAACCUUUCAAAUUUUUCAUUUUUAUCCGAACAUUCAUUUAAAAAGAAACCACUUUCUAGAUUUGAACAAAUCCUUUUAGAAAAAAAAGAACAAACCCAAAAAAGAAGAGAAGAAUUAAAAAGAAUUGAAGAAGAAAAGAAAAUUGCUAAACAAGAAAUAUUAGACCAAAAGAAAAAAGAAAAAGAAGAAAAAUUAAAACAAUUACAAAAAGAAAAAGAAGAAAAAAUUUUACAAGAAAAAGAAAGAAGAAAAUUAACUUUAGAAAAAACUAGAUCAUCACCAUUAUCUACAUUUACAUCUAAACCAACUUUAUCAAGUAGGUUACUUGCUCCAAAACCAACAUUUGGUGGCAGUACUGCUCUUCAUUCUGAGAGCAAUUCAAUUAAUCCAACAUCAACAUUAUUAUCAUCCAAAUAUUCAACAUCAACUACCUCAUCUCUAUCCAGUGGCUUAUUAAGCAGACCAAGCAGUUCUUCAUAUUUAAAAACUAGCAGUUUCAAUAAAACCACUUUUGGUAGCAGUAGUAUUGAUAGUAGUAAAAAACCAAAAUCAAGCUUUAAAAUCAAAAUUGACCACGAAGCUAUUAAAAUUCAAAAAGAAAAAGAAAAACAAGAAAGAGCUCUUAAAGCCGCUAAUGAUUUAUUAAUUAAAAAACAAGAAAAAGAAGAAAGAACCAGAGCUUACUUUGAAGAAAAGCAAAGCGAAGAGGAUAGAAUCGAAAAAGAAAAAGCUCAAAAGAAAAAAGAAGAUUUAGAAGCCUAUCUAAAGAGACAAGAAAAGAGAUUAAAAAAGGAACAAGAAGCUUUAGAAAGAGAAAGAAAAGAACAAGAACCACCAGUUGCAGAGUUACCAAAUGAAGAUUUAAGAAAGUUAUUUGUUGGUGGUAUAAACUGUGAAGAUUUAGAUGAUAAAACCAAGAGAGAUGCUAAAAAAGUUGAAAAGAUUAAACUCAAAAGACUUAAUUUCCUUUUACACCAUUUUAGUGCAUAUGGCGAAGUUCAAAAACGUGUUGUUAAAUUAGAUAAAGGUGUUUUCUUUAUCACAUUUAAGAAAAUCGAAAAUUGCGAAGCUGUCGUCAAACACUAUUCAAACAUGGAAAACAAAUUAAAAGCAAUUGAAUCAAUCAAACUCGAUCCAAAAGCAACACCACAAACUACUCCAAACAAACAUUUUUAUGUUAGAAGAGUUAAAAACUUUGAUAAUGCCAAAAAGAAAGAAGUAAAAGAUAUAGCUGCUAAAGAAGCAACCAAGGUUCAAGCUCAACAAGAUUUAAUAAAAAAGAAAGAAAGAGAAGAUAAUGAAGGUUUUGAAGAUUGGACCACUGUUUAA